AUGUUUAGUCGUAAGAAUAAAUGAGUAAAAUUUCUUAAUAACAGGGUUUGGGAUUAUAAGGUUCCAAUUAACAUUAAUAAUUGGUGGUAUUUUGGGUCAUUACUGGGUCUUAUGUUAGUGUGUCAAAUUAUUAGGGGGUUUUUUUUGUCUACUCAUUAUGUGGCUCAUGUAGACUACGCUUUCGACUCAAUUGUUCAUAUUAAUCGAGACGUGAAUUAUGGGGCUCUUAUUCGAGGGUUCCAUAUCAAUGGAGCCUCUAUGUUCUUUUUCUUUAUGUACAUCCACAUUGGUCGUGGAAUUUAUUAUGGUUGUUAUCGUCAAGCUGGAGUGUGGUACACCGGAAUUGUUCUAAUACUAUUGCUUAUGGCUACAUCUUUCCUUGGGUAUGUUUUACCUUGGGGUCAAAUGUCCUAUUGAGCGUCAGUGGUUAUUACUAGAUUAUUAAGAACUAUUCCUUACAUUGGUCCUAGUCUAGUGGAGUGAAUUUGGGGAGGUUAUGCAGUUGGACAAGCAACUCUUACACGUUUUUAUAGAUUGCAUUUUAUUUUACCAUUUAUUAUAGUAAUUGUAGUGAUCAUUCAUGUAGGUCUUCUUCAUGAGACAGGUUCAAGAAAUCCCCUAGGUUUGUACGACCCUAGUGGGGUGGGUAUACGAAGGUUUCACCCUCUAUACUCUUGUAAUGAUCUCUUUUUCUGCUUAGUUGCUAUAGGAUAUUUAAUUAAAUUAAGGGCAUUCCAUACUUGAGCUUUUGUUCCAUGUGAAAACUGAAUUAAAGCAGAUCCUAUAACUACGCCUAAACACAUUACUCCAGAGUGAUAUUUCCUAUGGGUAUAUACAAUUUUGCGAUCUGCUCCUACUAAGGGCGGAGGUGUUGCAUUAAUAGUUUUAUCUAUUUUAGUGCUAGCCAUUCUUCCUUUAGUUCCUAUAACUCAUUGACAGGGUGGAACUCAGUUUAGUCCUGUUGGAAAAAUGUUAUUUGCUCUUUGGGUGAGAAAUUGGCUUAUUAUGACUUGGGUUGGAAGUCAGCCGGCUACAUGGCCUUUUAUAGAGGAAACUGUGUAUAGAACAGUUAUUUAUUUUGCUUUCUUUCCUGUUUUCUUGUUAAAUCUUGCCUUGAAAGCUAGGAAAUUUCAGCUUGACCGAAGGUUGUACUAUAAGCUUUGGAUUCUUAUUCUAUAUGUUUCCAUUAUAAUUACUAUUUUCUAUAAUCUCCCUGAGUCUAUUAAGUGAACUAUUGAGGAUUUUUUAGCUAACUAG